AUGUCGUCAAACAAAUCAACGAAUAACUUCACAUUGGUGGUCAAAGCAGGACUAAUAAACCCAACACUGGUUGAAUUUCUUAUGACUUUUAACAUCCUGAUAUGUGCUGAGGUCAUUGGCAUCGUUGGGAUUGCGGCGAAUUUUAUCAACAUUUGGAACUUUAAAAAACAAGGACUCCAUGACAGUGUGAACAUUUCUUUAACAGCGUUGGCCGUCAGUGACAUCGGGGCUUUGUUCUUCCAAUUGGUGGUGAAUGUUUUGUUUAAUCCUCUCUGGAGGCGUGUCCAGCUUCCAUUUUAUUCCUCCACCGUGCUAGCUAUGGUCUUUUUUUACCCUCACGGUUAUUUCAUCAGAGUGAGUGGAUUCAUCACGGCAUUCGCCGCCUUUGAGAGAUGCCUCUGCGUGGUUCUGCCCAUGGAUGUAAAGAGAAUAAUGACCAGAAAUGUAGCCGUUGUGGUCAACUUUCUUAUUUUUGUUGUACUUCUGUUAUAUUUAUAUCCAGAACAUUCGGUGGUAUACUAUGACUGGCUUUUUAUACCAACACAAAAUCGGUCGGUUAUAACUUUCUUUUUCCGAGAGGAUUUUGAAUACGUUAUGACAUUUACAAAUAUUAUCAACGAUCUUUUCAUUCCUUAUAUCACGUAUGUCAGUCUUAUCAUCUGUACCAUGAUUAUAGUCGUUCAACUCAAGUCGAAAGCCAAGUGGAGACAAUCUGUUACUGGAAAGGUUAUCUCUUCGGGUCUUUCGAAAACAGAGUUAUCCAUCAAAGACAAAAAGGCUGUAAUAAUGUUGACAGUUGUGUCGGUCAUCUAUGUCACGUGUCUGACGCCUGAAUGUGUUUUGAUGACCGUGAUUGGCUUCAUACAGGACAUGAAGGUGGAAGGACCACUGUGGGACCUGUUUCUGACCAUCUACUCGUUUUCAUCACUUCUGGAGACCAUCAACUGUAGCGUGUCUAUACUCGUGUAUUACAACAUGAGUACCAAGUACAGAGAGACUCUACACAUGUGGUUUCCAAAGUUGGGCCACAAAUUGUAA